CCUGAGAAAAAAAUAUAAAGAACAAGUAAGCACAAGCAGCUAAAAGAAACAUCUUCCUUAGUUCGUGGAGUUUUUACACUCUUGGGAACUUCUAAGAGAAGCAGUUUGAAUACAAGAACUAAGAUCACGUCAGACUUUAUGUAUUACCAAAACCAGCACCAAGGAAAGAACAUCCUCUCUUCUUCAAGAAUGCAUAUAACCACUGAAAGGAAUCCAUUCCUCAGAGGGAACAGUCCAGGAGAAUCUGGACUCAUCCUUUCGACGGAUGCAAAGCCACGCCUAAAAUGGACUCCAGAUCUUCAUGAGAGAUUCAUAGAAGCAGUCAAUCAACUCGGUGGAGCAGAUAAAGCUACUCCUAAGACAAUCAUGAAAGUCAUGGGUAUUCCAGGCCUUACCUUAUACCAUCUCAAAAGUCAUCUUCAGAAAUACAGGCUGAGCAAGAAUCUCAACGGACAAGCUAAUAGUGGCUUGAACAAGAUAGGUAUGAUGACCAUGAUGGAAGAAAAGACCCCUGAUGUAGAUGAAAUUCAGAGUGAGAAUUUAAGCAUCGGACCACAGCCAAACAUGAAUUCGCCAAUAAGUGAAGCACUGCAAAUGCAAAUAGAGGUCCAAAGAAGGCUUCAUGAGCAACUUGAGGUACAGCGACAUUUGCAGCUCAGGAUAGAGGCUCAAGGGAAGUACCUGCAAUCGGUGUUGGAGAAAGCACAAGAGACUCUUGGAAGACAGAACCUGGGUGCAGCUGGAAUCGAAGCUGCAAAAGUACAACUCUCGGAAUUAGUAUCUAAAGUAUCAGCAGAGUACCCAAACUCAAGUUUCCUAGAACCAAAAGAACUCCAAAACCUACGCCCACAACAGAUUCAAACAACCACCUAUCCACCUGAUUGCUCUCUUGAAAGUUGCCUGACCUCAAGCGAGGGAACGCAGAAAACGCUAGAGAACAACAGAAUAGGACUAAGAACAUAUCUAGGUGAUUCAACAUCCGAGCAGAAAGAGAAUAUGGAAGAAGAACCAUUGUUCCAAAGAAUGGAGCUCACAUGGAGAGAAGGUCUAAGAGGAAAUCCAUACCUUUCAACAAUGGUCAGUGAAACAGAACAAAGAAUCUCAUAUUCAGAGAGAAGUCCAGGUAGAUUAUCAAUAGGAGUAGGAUUGCAGGGACACAAAGGUCAUCACCAUCAACAAGGCAACAAUGAGUAUACAGACGAAAGAUUCAAAGACAAAAGUGAGGAUCAUAAGUUUGAAACAAGAAACCACCGGAAAGGCAUGGAUUCAGCAACAGAGCUAGACCUCAACACACAUGUUGAAAGCUAUAGUACAACAACGCGCACGAAACAGUUCGACUUGAAUGGUUUCAGCUGGAACUGAGAAACCCUAUUAGGGAACUGCUCAAUACAAAGAUAACGUUUUGAAUCAAGAUUCUUGACUGAGGAUAAUGCACCAUAAACUAUUCAUUGUUUAUUUUUACCUCAUAUAUACAAAAUACAGAGAAGUACCUCUAACUUCAUAGACGCUCAAGAAUUACGAAUUAUCCGGAAGAGCCACCGUCGCACCGGCGAAUACAAACGGCCGUUCGUCGGAGUUUGUACGGCGAAUCGAGGAGAGAAACGUAGUACUUAUAAUUGAACGUGUCAAACUGCGUUUGGACCGUACCAAACGUAUCUUAAUCAAACCGGUCUGAUAAUUUUUUUUCUUUUCAGUUAUUUUGUGGGAACAUUGAAAAGCUGAAAAGCUUUCAAUAAAUCCGUAUCAGACCGUUGAGAACUAAA